AUGCUUGAUCAUGACAAGAGGGAUGCUCGAGUUGUUUCAAUAUAUGGGAUGGGUGGCUUAGGAAAGACAACUCUUGCCCGAAAAAUCUACCACCACCGGGAUAUUCAACGCAGUUUCAAAGGCUUUGAUUGGGUUUGUAUAACCCAAGAUUGCAAAUCCAUGAACGUACUACAAGAUAUCCUGAAGCAGCUUGCUCCAGAAAAGAAAGAAGAGAUUUCUCGAAUGGGAGAGAGGGAAGUUGUGGAGGAGUUUUCCAAGGUGCAGAAAGUGAAAAGUUGUCUAGUUGUUGUUGAUGACAUAUGGAGGGUGGAUGAUUGGAAUAGCCUUAGACCUGCCCUCCCAAUUGCUGAGGUCAUUUCUACACUAAGCAACUCAAGAAUUGAACCAAAGCUCGUGGAAGAAUUGGGAAGAGAAAUGGUGGCCAAAUGUGGACACUUACCUUUAGCAAUCUCUGUCAUUGGAGGCAUUUUGCGUGAAAAGAAUUGCUUAGAUGGUUGGAAGAAGGUGCAUAAAGAAGGCAUAGUUUCAUCAAGGGAUCAAGGAAAAGAAGAAGCACUGAUGGAUGUAGCAGAACGCUACUUCAAUGAACUGGCGAGCAGAUCUUUGGUGCAGGUGCAAGCGGAUGAACAGUUUUCAGGAUCAAUGCAAUUUUGCCGCCUACAUGACCUUAUGCGAGAGCUAUGUCCGGCAAAGAGUGAAGAAGAAGAGUUCUUCCAGAUGAUGUCUCUUCGAGAUGGAAAACCACAUUCACAGAGGCCUCAUUCUUUCAAUUCUAAUACUCCGCGAAGAUUGGUGAUUUACAAGGAUCAUUCAUUUGAUUAUAAUGUCAUACAGGAAUCUGCUCAACAACUUCGAUCCCUUCUGUUAUUCAGCUCUCACUGGGUAGAUGAUCUUUUGUUACCAAGUGUCCGUUUCAAUGAACUACCUCAACGUUUUGGUAGCUUGCUCCAUUUGAGGUUUCUAUGCAUAAAAGACUGUGGAGUGAAAGAGUUGCCAUCAUCCAUCUGCGACUUGCCAUUCUUACGGACCCGUGAUCUUAGAGAUGAUAUAACCAAUGAGGGUGACUGUGCAUUACCCAAUGCUUCGUGGAAAUUGAAGCAACCUUUAUCUUAA